CCACGUGACUGGCUCCGCUCUCAGACCAUCAUGGCGUCUCCCAGUGGGAAGGGAGCCCGGGGGCCGGAGGCUCCGGGCUGCGGGCCCCGGCCGCUAGCCCGGGACCUGGUGGACUCCGUGGACGACGCGGAGGGGCUGUACGUGGCGGUCGAGCGGUGUCCGCUGUGCAACACCACCCGCCGGCGGCUGACCUGCGCCAAGUGCGUCCAGAGCGGCGAUUUCGUCUACUUCGACGGCCGCGACCGGGAGAGGUUUGUUGACAAGAAGGAAAGGUUAAGCCAACUUAAGAGUAAGCAAGAAGAAUUUCAAAAAGAAGUGUUAAGAGCUAUGGAAGGAAAAUGGGUAACAGAUCAGCUGAGAUGGAAAAUUAUGUCGUGCAAGAUGAGGAUUGAACAGCUGAAACAAACAAUAUGUAAAGGAAAUGAGGAGAUGAAGAAAAAUUCUGAAGGCCUUCUUAAAACAAAGGAGAAGAACCAGAAGCUUUACAGCCGGGCACAGCGGCACCAGGAGAAGAAGGAGAAGAUCCAGAGGCACAAUCGCAAGCUUGGCGACCUGGUGGAGAAGAAGGCCACCGACUUGAGAAGUCACCACGAGCGGCUGGCGCACCUGCGGCGCUCCCACGUGCUGGAGCUGACGUCCGUCAUUUUCCCCAUGGAGGAAGUAAAGACUGGCGCGAGAGACCCUGCGGACGUGUCCUCCGAGAGCGACAGCGCCAUGACCUCCAGCACCGUGAGCAAGCUCGCCGAAGCGCGGAGGACCACCUACCUGUCAGGCCGCUGGGUGUGUGAUGACCACAACGGCGACACCAGCAUUAGCAUUACUGGGCCUUGGAUCGGCCUCCCCAACAACGGGGACUACUCUGCCUACUACAACUGGGUGGAAGAGAAAAAGACGACGCAGGGGCCUGACAUGGAGCACAGUAACCCCGCUUACACCAUCAGCGCCGCAUUGUGCUAUGCCACCCAGCUGGUCAACAUUCUGUCUCACAUACUAGACGUGAACCUUCCCAAAAAGCUGUGCAACAGUGAAUUCUGUGGGGAAAAUCUCACCAAGCAGAAAUUUACCCGAGCAGUGAAGAAACUGAAUACAAACAUCCUUUAUCUUUGUUUUUCUCAGCAUGUAAAUUUAGAUCAGUUACAACCACUGCACACCCUCAGGAACCUCAUGUACCUGGUCAGCUCCAACUCUGAACACCUGGGCAGGUCGGGACCCUUCGAAGUGCGCGCUGACCUCGAGGAGUCCAUGGAAUUUGUGGAUCCUGGAGGCGCCGGAGAGUCAGAGGAGAGUGGGGACGAGCACGUAAGUGAUGAGGAAACCGACCUGGGCACGGACUGGGAGAACCUGCCCAGCCCCCGCUUCUGUGACAUCCCUUCCCAGCCCGUGGAGGUGUCCCAGAGCCAGAGCACCCAGGUGUCCCCGCCCAUCGCCAGCAGCAGCGCGGGCGGCAUGAUCUCGUCCGCGGCCGCCUCCGUGACCUCCUGGUUCAAGGCUUACACUGGCCACCGCUAGCGCGCAUGCGCCCGCCGCAGCAGCCUGGGACCGGGCAAGGUCUCCGCCGCACGCUAGCGGGCCUGGAACUGCAGGCAGCGACCGGUUGUUCAUUGGAAGCAGGGGAACAGCGUUUGUCAGGGGACCUGGGCUGGUGACCCCCUGCUUGGGAUGGUAAAUAGAACCCAGGGGCCACAGGCCUUGCUCCCCUGCCCCACGCUGGGGGGAGGAGGAGCUGUGGGUGUGGCCGCUCCGUUGAAGGAAUCCGACGGUUCCCCAGCUCUGUAAGUUUUAGAGCUUGGUGAACCACAGGAAGUGAUUCUUACUGUUAGGACUUGAAAGGUGAAAGCUGUUUAACAGGAUUUUUUUUCCUGUUUUUUUUUUUUUUUUCUUUUCUUUUUUUGGUGCAGAGAACCAGCAGGCUUUGUUUGUAACUUGGUCAGCUUCGGCAGGUAGACGAAGGGCUUUGGUUUUGUUUGGGAAGGGUGGUCUGGUCUUGACGUGGUCACGGAUCAUUUCAUUUGUGUGUGUCCUGGCUCAUCAGACAUUCCUGCACCCCUCUCCACCACACACCAAAGAAAUUAAGGUCUCAUCUUUAGGACUCGCACCCCAGACCAGGAGAGAUCCUCGAGGUUCGCAGCCGAGUCUCUUGUGUUCCGCGGGCGACCAAGCCUGUCUUACCGGGCCUGGCAGAUCAUCCCCCUGCACCGUGUGCAUUUUGAAGUUGAACUUCUCUCCAUGAGCAAAACUUAAGUCCUUAGGGUCUUUCCCUUAGGUAAGCUAAUCGCCUGCUGGGCACAGGUCAGGCCCAGUGUCCGCAGGCAAAACACCCUGCUUGCUUGUUCCCUAGGGGUCGGGUCGGUGUAGCUUCUAGGACGUGACCUGCGCUCAGAAAAGCAGAGCAGGGUCCUACAGCUGAUCCUGCUGUACCCCGGGGAAAGCUGGCGACAAAGAAUUUUCCCUCAUCAAGAGAUCAUUUUCAGCUACUGUGUCUUGUCAUUUCUCGUAGUGACAAUCUUACAGGAAAACCCUGAGAGGCAUUAUGUACAAAUGUGUAAGUAGUUUAUUUUCAAUAACUGCAAAAAAAAAAUCCCCUGAAAAUUACUGCUCCAUCUUCGUGUGAUUAGCAUGAAAGGACCGCAGAGAGAUCACCCAGGUGCGCGUCCCACCCAGCUGUUCUCACUGUCAUGGUUACGGCUCCAGCUUUGCCUCCAGAUCUGAGGUGCUAAGUAGCUUUUGCUGUUGACACAUUCGGUGUUUGGUAGAGGCUGGGGAGGAGCUGCAGAAGAGGGCGCCUGUCCCUUUCAGGAGUCACAAGGUCCCUGGCUCUGGGCGCUUUCUCCACGGGGAGGCACCAGGCUUUUCCCCUUGCGCCUUCUUACACAGCCAGUGCUGGGCUUGCGUUUUGCUGUCCAGUUCUGGAGUUCACAGAAAGUGGAUGUGGCAGACUCGAACACGUGCCCGGUGACCUGGACGGCUCCGCGCGGCCGCUGCUUCGGGCCCUCGGAAAGCAGGGCGUAGGCGCAGGAGUCGGCCCCCGGGAACUGGGACUUCGCAGACUGACUUCCGCUGAGCUGCACAAUAGCCCUGGUUCUCUUAAUAAGCCUCAGAGCCAGCCAUGAGCAUGGGGGGAAGCUAAGGGUGUCCGGGGCUCUCAAACUCAGAUGGGAGUAACUCAGUCAAACUUGCAAGGAUGUGGGGAAUUUGGGGGUUGGGUGGGGUGUGUUUUGUUGUUAAUGUCAACUCGAGGCACUUUAUGUAGGGUGAGGUGGGCGACCCCUGUGGUGGUCGAGCACCAACAUGCUGGCUUACACCGCUGAAAUGUUUUGGGUUUCAUUAUUUUGCACUGGAUCCACCCUGUACAUAGUCUUAAAUACACAUUUCAACCACUGUUUCUUCCUCCUCUCUAUUGCUGCUCCUUAAGAAUCUCCUGUAGGUGCCAGAACUGUAUGUAAACAGCUUUUGAAAAAAAUGGAAGCUGGUUUUUUUUCUUUGAAACAAAAGCCAUAGACAUGGUCCUGUUUUCCAUUUCUUGAAACAAGGUAAUGCUAACGAAAACCCACAGGCACCAAAUAGGCUGCUUACAGUGGUCUGUUAGAGACCCCUUCUUGUAAUGGGAUAGAACUAAGAAAAGUUUGCACAUCCAGAGGUCAAGGGGAAGAAGAGCCUCAGUGGGCAUGAGGGACGGGAUUCGUGCGCGGACUCGGGCCGGGCGUGGGGCCAGCGCUGCGGGGAGGGCCCUGUGCCCAGGUCGGGGCACACCAAUGUUUUCUAGACUUUUAUUGUAUUACUGCAAUAAACCUUUUAACAGGA